AAAAUCAUUCUAUUAUCACUUCUUAUAAAAUGACUACAGUAUACAAAUCUUUUCAUUAGUUGAGUUGAUAACGGAGAACAGCUACAUGAUACCCACUUUUAAUUCAUUCGAUUUAAUUUCUCGAACUUGAACAGGCGGUUUAUUGUAUUCGAAGUUUUUCAAGAGAUUUGACUAUAACAACAAAAACGAUUAGUGGUAUAUGGCUGCAAUAUAUGUGAAGUACUAAAACAGUGAUAUGCGCAUUAUUUCGUUGGUAUUGCUAUUUUAAUGGAGGAAGCUUAUUUCGUCUGAAAUGCUAAUCUAUCAAAGCAUAUAUCAAUAGGCCUUAUAGUGAAGAGCAACGGUGGAAUAAAAACGAUUAAUUGAUUGAUAGCAAGGUAUCAACGCAAGCAUUUCUGAUCGCCAUCACUUGAAUUAAUUUGUAUCAGUUUCAUCUGCUGUUUAUCACCGGGUUUGGAAAGACGAUCAGUCACAACAUAACAAUGGAUGGAGCGCAUCACCCCAUCACCGCCAUGUCAUCAUCGCUAGCCUGCCCCGCUAGCAUCGGGCACGGACCAGAAGGCCUUCCCCACAACCCACCUCCAAUCAUGCGUGCUCAUCCAGAGAAAAUAUACACCACCGGACACGGAGGCGAAGAUACGCCAAAGUUUCCCCGACCGAGUCACUCCAUAGACGCUAUUCUUGGAAUGCAGCAGUCCAGAGCGGACAGGAUUUUCCGGCCCUUGUUCACGGGGCCCAACCCCUAUGCUGGCAUAUUGUCUAGCCGUCUUGGCCCGGGUGGAGAACACAUGCUACCCCUCAAUCUAGCCCUAAAGGCGGAACAACAAAAUAUGACUGCAAGAAAAACCGGUAUUCCUUUUCCCGCCGAAGGGGCGAACGAAAAUCUGAUGAACGGCGGCACACCUGACAACAUUGAUCUCGAUAAUGACAUAGAUAACGAUAAAACCUUCAGGAUGAGUCCUCCGGUGGACCAAGUCGCCAUCGACCACGCCCAUGUUCCAAAGGGUCCUCCAGCCGGUGUGCAUGAGUUGGAAAUCGAGGAUCUGUCAUCCCGUAGUUCGCGGUCUCCGCUAACGUAUCUGCAUGCCGGGAGGAAACAAGCCAUGGAUUUCAGUACGACAUCGGGUUACACCAGCGAUGUGAGCUCCAUCAGCCCGCAACAACCAACCACGAGACCAUGCAAGAAGCGCUCUCGAUCACCACCUCAAUCAUCGCUGUCGAUCAUGGAAGAUGAAAUGGACGAAAUGGAGGCUGAUGAAAACGGCGAGCCGAAGAAGAAGCAUCGUCGGAAUCGCACGACUUUCACCACGUAUCAACUGCACGAACUUGAGAGGGCAUUUGAGAAGUCACAUUACCCGGAUGUCUACAGCAGAGAGGAACUGGCACUGAAGGUCAAUCUUCCAGAGGUCAGAGUUCAAGUUUGGUUUCAGAACAGACGAGCAAAAUGGCGUCGCCAGGAAAAGAUGGAAGCUAGCACUCUCAAGCUGAAAGACUCCUCCUCCUCUCUACCCAGCAUCCACCGAUGUGUACCAUAUUCAAUGGCAAGCUCCUUGCCCCUUGAUCCUUGGCUCAACCCGUUGUCUACUGCCCGACAGUUACCCGCUCUCUCUUUGCCGGGCAUUCUCCACCCUUCGCUGUCAGCAAGCGUCGCGGCCGCCGCGGCUAUGGCGGCCGGUGGGGGUCCUCUUCCGGCGGGACUGACACAUCUUAGCGCUGCCUUCCCUUUCUUGGCCGCACAUCAUCAACAUCAUCAACAGCAGCAGCAACGCAAGCACGCAGCAGCGGUCGCUGUCGCUGCAGCCGCCAGCCAAACAGCUAUGUUUCCUUUGCUCAGCCCGACUCAUCUCACAUCGCCUCCUGGCCGCCCUGGGAGCCACGAGCGAUCCAACAGCCGAGACAGUGUGAGCGGCGGGGAGAGUUCGAGUGGGAGUGAGACGGGGGGAUCGACGGGAGAAGACCCAAGGAGCUCGAGUAUAGUUACGCUACGCCAGAAGGCAAUGGAACACCUCGAAAAUAUCGUCAGAAAUGGUGGGGGCGAAAGCCCUCCUCCCCUUUCGGAUUCCCGUUGAAUAUUCUCUUAAAUUUUCAAAUUUUCGGGAGCAAAAAAAGAAA